CGUCUCUCUCUCAGUGAAUGAGAGACCUCUCUCUCAAAGUCAAUGAAACGAAAAUCCUUCUCUUUCUCUCAUGGCUUGCAGUGAAAUAGAAGAACCCCAUCUCCCCCUCUUCUCUCUCUCUACUCUCUCAUCCAACAAAAGCCAACAAUCCUGCCAAUAAGAAGAUGAACCAUGGCCUUCCUCAACUCCCUCCUAACCCUAACAAUAUUUCUAUCAGCCACCACAACUUUUGCCAAACCUCCUGCACCACCCUUGACAUGCGACACCAUCGGCUGCAACCUCACCAAUGGCUAUGGCACAUGGGGUGAUAGGAGACCAUGCAAAGCUUUGAAAGCCUUCUACCCCACGACCGAAGAAGAGCUCAGAUCCACCAUAGCUGAAGCUGUAAGGCAAAAACUUAAAGUCAAGGUAGUCAGCGGAUUUUCCCACACUAUACCAAAACUAGCAUGUCCUGAUCUACCUGAGAAUUCCGUAAUUAUAAGCACCAGAAAAUACAAUUCCGGUAUAGAGGUCGACAUAGGUAAAUCCACAGUCACAGUUGAUUCAGGGGUUGGAUUAAGGACCCUGAUCGAUAAGUUGGAAGAGGAGGGGCUCAGCCUUGUUGCAUCUCCUUAUUGGGAGGGGGCUAGUUUAGGUGGGAUCAUCAGUACAGGGGCACAUGGUAGCUCUUGGUGGGGUAAAGGUGGAGGUGUCCAUGACUAUGUUGUAGAGCUCCGAAUGGUUGUCCCCGCAUCGGCUUCUGAAGGUUACGCAAAGGUCGUAGAGAUGGAUAUCAGUCACCCGCUGUUAAAUGGGGUUACGGUCUCGCUUGGUGUGUUAGGGGCCAUUUCAAAGGUAAAACUGUCUCUAGAGCCUGUAUUCAAGCGAAGUGUAACCAAUUUAUACAAAGACGACACCCUUCUCGAAGAAGAAUUCAUGGAUCAUGCAAAGAAACACGAAUUCGCAGAUAUCACCUGGUACCCAUCUCAGAAGAAGGUUGUGUACAAGUCUGAUGAUAGAGUGCCCCUAAACACUUGCGGAAAUGGUGUAAAUGACUUCCUUGGCUUUCGCCCCAAUGGUGCUUUAGUCUCUGCUGCAGUGAGAUCCACAGAGAAGGCACUUGAGUCAACAAAGAAUGUCAAAGGGAAAUGUUUGAUGGCAGCGACUGAACUGGCAUAUAAGCAAGUAAUAGCCAACGGUUUGAAAAACAAUGAUUUGAUUUUCACUGGUUACCCAGUUGUGGGUAUGCAGGGAAAAAUGCAAGCCUCUGGUUCUUGCUUGAAUUCACCCGAGACAAGCACUGACACAUGUCCAUGGGACCCAAGAAUCAAAGGACUCUUCUUCUAUGAAACAACUGCUAUAUUUCCAGCACCCAACUUCCGAGACUUCAUCAUAGAUGUGAAGAAACUAAGAGACCUGAAACCUGAGAACUUUUGCGGAGUCGACAUAUACAAUGGGUUCUUAAUAAGGUUUAUAAAGGCAUCUGAUGCCUAUCUAGGCCAGUCAGAGGACUCUGUUGUCGUGGAUUUCAAUUACUAUCGAGCAGAUUCACCUUUGACACCUAGGUUAAAUCAGGAUGUAUGGGAAGAAGUGGAACAAAUGGCUUUCUUUAAAUACUCUGCAAAGCCACACUGGGCCAAGAAUAGGAAGCUCGCUUUUGCUGGGGUGCAACAAAAAUAUCCGAAGUUUAAGGAUUUUGUUGCUGCUAAAAAGAGGAUAGAUCCAGAUGGUGUGUUUUCGAGUAAGUGGUCUGAUGAGAUACUAUUUGGGACAGAAACUCCCAAGAGUGAUGGGUGCGCAUUGGAGGGUUUGUGUAUUUGUUCAGAAGACAGGCAUUGUAGUCCACAAAAUGAUUAUUUUUGCCGGCAAGGUCUUGUCUAUAAAGCGGCUCGUGUGUGCAGAUAUUCACCUUCAUCAGAGGCCUGAUACAAUCUAAUUCAGAAUUGGUCCCUGAAAAGUAUGAACAGCAUGUAACAAUCGUGCAUGAUAGGAGUAACCAUUCCCUUACAAUUUUUUGUGUGAUGAUAGUAUAUGAUAAAAAAAUUUUUCGUGAGCAAAUAUUCAAAUAGCAUAAGAUAUUCUUAAACAUAAAUGGUUGUAAGUAUUUCAUAAGUAUAUUUCUUAAAAUUCACACAGUGGAAGUUCUAAAAGUAACACUGGGGUGCCCAAGUGUUGUUGCAGUCAUAUUGUAACAUGUACGACAUAGUAGUGGCAUUUUAUUGGUUCUGGU